AUGAAUGAAAACAAUUUAGACACAUAACAUUAAUAAACCAAAAGUGCAUAAUCAUAAAGAACUAUUAAAUCAGAUCAUAUUGAACUAUAAGUAAAUGCUAAUUAUCUGAUAACUGAAGAAAACUCAUUUUCGAAAGUUCCUCAAACAAGAAAAUCUGAAUAAUUAUUCUGUUAAAAAUGCAAUAUUCCUGUAGUUUCUGAUAUUUUUUAUGAAAUGGGAAAAGGAAGCUAUGUAAUAAUCUUUAUUUUACUUGCUUUGAUAAUUACAGCAUUUUUUACUUUUAUACCUUGCAUGCUGAACAGAUGCAAAGAUGCAUAACACAGAUGUCCAAAAUGUACAAAACUAUUAGGCACUAAAUAGUUUUUAUAUGGAUGA